AUGGUUUAUUCAACGGAAUCAUCUAAAUGGAAAGCUUACCAAUUCUCAGAUCCAUUUGCUGCUGGUUCAUUUUAUGUUUGUAAUAAAAUCAAUCGAUUUUUUUGUCGUCCAGAUUGUGACGCAAGGCCAACAACCAAUUUAAAAUCAGUAAUCAAAUUUGUUUCCAAAUGUUCAGAUGCUUUGAACUUGGGUUAUAUUCCUUGUGGAUCUUGUGAUCCAAUUCAUUCAACUUCAAUUGAUGUAAAUUUAUUAAUCAAAUGUGUUGCAACAAUUAAUAAAAAUAUUGGUUUUAUGCCACCCCUUUUAGAUGAAAAUGAAGAAACAAAUACUAGAAGAAUAAAAGAAAAUAUUUAUGAAUCAAAGAAAAUCAAUGAAGAACAAAUCAUCAAAACAAUUGGUGCUGGUGCUGGUGCUGGUGCUGGUGCUCAUACCCAUACCCAUAGACAAUCAGAAUCUACUAUAUUAAAUGGUAAAUUUUCAAAAGAUUUAGAAAAUACUACAUUAUCAAAAAAUGAUUCAGAUCAUUAUAGACUUGUUGAUUUAGCAUGUAGACAUUUAGCAUUGGCUGCUGCUGUUAAUGUUUUUCAACCAAAACCAACAAUUCCAGUAGUAGAAGAAAAUAAUAAUAACUCAAGUCCAACCAGUAAGAAAAGAAGAAGAAGAGGUGGUGUUUUGGGCUUCAAAGAAUUAGCUGCAAAAUCAAAAUUAUCAGCUUGGCAUUUCCAUCGUGUUUUUAAAUCAGUUACUGGCUUAACUCCAAAAACUUAUGGUGAUAAAUGUUGGGAGUUUAUUAAGAAAAUCAAAGAAUCUGGGGAAUACACAUCGUUUGAAAUAUUUAAUUCACCAAAACAACGAUCAACAUCACCAAAAAUUAAACAAGAACCAAUACAACAACAAAUUUCAUAUACUUCUCCACAACAAACUAGCUAUGACUCAUAUCCAAUAACGCCACAACAAACCAAUAAUAAUAUUGAUUCAUCAAUAUCAUCUGCUUCAACACAAUUUCCAGAAUUUAGUUCUAAUGAAUCUAAUUUAUCAUCUGCAAUUGAAUCUGAAUUAAAUAAUUUCCAAUUAACAAACAACAUGACAUCAGAAGAAGAUUACAAUUUUCCAAAUAAAGCAUUUUCAUUUCCAGAUUUAUCAAAAUUUAGAACGGAUACAUUAUUCAAUCAUACUCAACCAUUAAGAAAUAAUCUACCACAAUCACAACAAAUGCAACCAGAAACAAAUUCAAAUCAAGAAUUAUUUAAUUUUGGUGCCUUCGAAGACUUAAAUCAAAAUACUAAUAAUGGUCAAGUUGAUAAUAAUGUUCCUUCAUUUUAUGGUGAUGAGUUAGACUUGGGUAAUAACUUAGAUGAAUCAAUAUUCAAUAAUUUCAAUUUUGUUGGCGCUGGCACUGAUGAAAUUAAUCAAAGUGGUGUAAAUACAGAAUUUUUAUCAAUGAAUCCACUAUUGGCUUCAAGUAUUGGUUUGUAA